GUUGCUGUGUUGGCGAUUGGCUUGGCUCAAUUUUGAGUAGUGAGAACAGGAGGAACGGUAGCUUCCAAACGAACCUAAAAUAGAAUUUGCGACGUAGUCGACGCCUUGUAUGAUGUGGAUCUUCGUACGAGGCGUUGUGCUCACAAUACCUACUUUGAAAUUGCUUCAUAUUACCCAAGGGCACUUAGAUUUAAACGCAGAAGAGUUGAUAUGCUACAUUUUUCAUGGUGUUCUGCUCGAAACGCACAUCGGACUAACGAGGUCCUCUGUUGUAUAUACCUUUCCUGUGUUCUGUUUAGGUGAAUUUGCUAUUCCUUUUUUCUUCUUUUCUUUUAUCGUACUUCAAAUACGAGUUGCAAUGGGCCGAGAACUCUCAACCUUCUUCCAGCAAAAGCUGGAGAAGUGGAUUUGUUUUAAUAUCAGUGUCAGUGGUUCAAAAUCCGAGAUGCUUCAUUGAUGCUUUGCCCAUUAUCCACAUAAUCCCUGUGCCAUGGUCAUGUUCUUCAGUGGACAGCUGG